GCUCCCUGUCUCUACAGCCCAUAUCAACCGUGUCACGGCUAGUGGUUUGUUCCCUGAUCGGUCUAGUCAACCUCAGAUAGAACUACUAGAACGAAGGCUGUUAGUUCGGGCGCUGGGAAAAUGGCGUCAACUGCGCACUUCGACCACGACCCUCCUUCCGAGGAGCCUUCACCCAAGCUUCACCCCUCGCACCACCAGCUCGAACAUGACUCCGACGGCGCCGAGGACUAUGAUAAUGAGACGGAGAGCGACUCGGAGGCGGGUGCAAUUGGGCAUGGUCUAGGCACGAGCCGUACUGCAGAGUCUCGACCAGAGUAUCAGGACGGAAUGCUCCCUCGCGAUCUUCCUAAGAGGACAACCUUCCACGAUCCUGUCGCCGAGCGCCAGAUGACGCAGACGGAUGCCAAACUCUUCUACCAGAGAAGCCAACUGGAUCUGGUGAAGACCGGGGAAGCGGCCUGGGGCCAAUCUCAGGUCACUCCCCAUGGGAGCCCUGCAUUCUCGGCAGGUACUCGCUUGCCCGCCAUUGAUACCCUCUCGUUGCACAAUGCUGGACAGGCCCCGGUGAACGGACACUUUCCCUCAAGCGCCAGCCAAAUGUCUUUGCCUUCGGCAGCUGCUGAAAGCUACAACUUUCCGCACAUUGCAGGUGCCAUGCCUACUUCUCAUCGUGCUGGACCCGAGCCCCGGACUGCAACGCAGCCAUCAUUGGGUGGGUAUCCUAGACCUUCUGUCAAGCUGCCACCCACAUCUGCACCAAUCUCCCUCGACCCUGCCGUCCACGGCCAACAAGGCCCCCAGCCUGGAGUGGGACAACCUGACGGCCUCACGAAUGGAAUUGCUUCUGGGGACGCUGGCGACGCAUACAUAACGGCCGAGCUGAGCACCAUCUUCCAAAGUAUUCAGAAGAUCAUCGAUCUGCGCCACAAGUACAUUCGGCUCUCGCUGCAGAGAGAUGGGGAUAACCCAAAGGACGAGCCCAGCUGGGAGAUCUACCCACCACCACCCGAGCCUGCUUGGGUCGGUCCAGCUGGACAUCAGGAUCCACCGGCUCCCGUGACUGGUAAUAACAGCAUGAGCAACAGCACGGUUCUGCCGCCGCCACAGUCUACCCCUUCGCGAUCGACAGACCCCGGCGCAGAGGGCAACGAGAACAAGAAGCCUGUGAGGAAGAGAAAGCCCGGUCACGAUGUUGGAGAAGAUUUUGACAUGGCGGAAGUCGCGCCAUUCCCACCCCCAAGCGAGUUCACCUAUCGCCUUGACGAAAGCGGCGUCUACCAAGUGUUCGAGAAUUCGGCAGCAGAAGUGGCCAACACUCCAGUAGUAGGCGUUCCUACCCUCAAGGACUUUUAUAUCGACCUUGAGCAAAUCUUGGCAAUCUCGUCUGAUGGCCCCAGCAAAAGCUUCGCCUUCAGACGCCUCCAGUACCUGGAGGGCAAAUUUAAUUUGUACACCCUUUUGAAUGAGUAUCAGGAGACCGCCGACAGCAAGAAGGUGCCCCACAGAGAUUUCUACAACGUCAGAAAGGUUGAUACCCACGUACACCACUCUGCUUGCAUGAACCAAAAGCACCUUCUUCGCUUCAUCAAGAGCAAAAUGAAGAAGCAUCCCGACGAAGUUGUCCUCGACCGAGAUGGCAAGGAGCUCACACUCGCGGAGGUCUUUGAAAGCAUCAACCUGACUGCUUACGAUCUCAGCAUUGACACUCUUGAUAUGCAUGCACACACCGAUUCCUUCCACCGCUUUGACAAGUUCAACCUGAAAUACAACCCGAUUGGCGAGUCGCGUUUGAGAACAAUCUUCCUCAAGACCGACAACUUCAUCAAAGGCCGGUAUCUCGCUGAAAUCACCAAGGAGGUGAUUGCUGAUUUGGAAUCCAGCAAGUACCAGAUGGUGGAAUGGCGCAUCUCAAUUUACGGCAAGUCUCUGGAUGAAUGGGAUAAACUUGCAGCUUGGGUCGUGGACAACAAGCUCUUCUCGCACAACGUACGAUGGCUGAUCCAGAUCCCUCGCCUGUACGAUGUGUACAAGGCCUCGAAUCUCAUGGAGUCGUACGAGCAAGUCAUCAAAAACGUCUUUCAACCACUCUUCGAAGUGACGAAGGACCCCACCAGCCACCCGAAACUGCACAUUUUCUUGCAGAGAGUCAUCGGCUUCGAUAGCGUAGAUGAUGAGAGCAAGAUCGAGCGGCGGCUGUACAAGAAGUUCCCAGUACCAAAGGAAUGGACCUCCAAGCAGAACCCUCCGUAUAGUUACUGGCAGUACUACCUGUUUGCCAACAUGACGUCACUGAACUUCUGGCGCCGACAGCGUGGGUUCAACACAUUUGUCCUCCGGCCACACUGCGGAGAAGCGGGUGACAGCGAGCAUCUGGCGGUCGCACUUCUGUGCUGCCAUAGCAUCAGUCAUGGCCUUCUACUUCGGAAGGUGCCUCUGUUGCAGUAUAUCUUCUAUCUGGAACAGAUUGGCAUUGCCAUGUCGCCUCUCAGUAACAACGCCCUCUUUCUCGCAUACGAAAGAAACCCGUUCUACCAAUACUUCCGCCGCGGACUGAACGUCUCCCUGUCAACGGAUGACCCGCUGCAGUUUGCCUUCACGAAGGAGCCCCUCAUGGAAGAAUAUGCUGUCGCGGCUCAGAUUUACAAGCUCAGCCCGGUCGACAUGUGCGAGUUGGCCAAGAACUCGGUCAAGCAGAGCGGAUACGAGCACUCCAUCAAACAGCAAUGGCUAGGUGACCGGUACAACCUGCCGGGGAGAGAAGGGAACAAGAUGGUCAAGACAAACGUGCCGGAUCGCAGAGAGGAGUUCAGAUACCACACUUGGGUCGAGGAACACCGAUUUCCAAGUACACGGCUACACAAGCUGGUGACCUAGUUACCAGCCCUGACACCUUGCAGCAGAGCGUGCCGGAAACAUUUCCAGCUUCACCAAACUCGUCCAUCAAGGCCCAUGCUCCUAGUAUCAGCACAGCAGCUGACUUGAGACUGCC